UCUGGGACAGAGACCUCCGAGGGCAGCGCUCCCCUCAGACUUCCAGCCUCUUUGCACUUUUCCCAGAUCCUUUUUUUUUGUUUUGUUUUGUUUUGUUUUUUACUUCAGCAGAAAUUGUCAGAAUUUUCUUACUCGUUGUUAUCCUAAAGCAGUGGCUCCGCCACCAACAUUCAUCCCCACUGAAUGCUGCAUUUUUUUCCAGGGUUUUCCCAGUGAAAUGUUUGUCUGUGUAUGUUCAGGUGGGCACAUCCAGCAUUUCCAGGUCCCUGGCACCAUGCUCAGAGAGGCAAGGAUAUGAUUUUCCAGGAGAUAAACAAAUAUCAGCUCAUACCUGAGGGGAAGUUUUGUAUUUAAUGAAAAAAUUAAAUCUAGGGAAAAACUACCAGGAUAGUUUUGGUGCUGUGUGUGGCCACCUCCUGUGCUGAGCAAUGCUUCUCCCACCCGAGGCUGUGUGUGGUUCCCAGGUAGCAAGAGCCCACCUUCUGAGUAUAUUUGGGAAAAGGAGUGAAUUCCAGGUGUAUUUAAAGCAGGUUUCUGUGGAAGAAAAAUAAACUUGAUCAAGCAGAGGAGUGGCUCUACCAGAGCAUGAUGUGGAUAUUGAGGAUCCUUGCCCACCUCCUGUGUGCCCAGGCUCCUGCUUUUCACCAUUUCUUGCAUUUUAUGGCUUUUUCCCAAUUAUUUCUUGCAGUGCAAGAGAGAUCCAAUGUGACCAGGCUCCUUCCAUCCAGCAGAGAAUGUAUCCAUAGGCAAAAUCCACAUCUCACAUGCUGAAUAUGCAUCUAGGGAGAUGAUCAGCUAUGCUGAUACCCCAAACUGGAGAUCAAUGGGACACUGCAGGUUAGUGGGGUGAUUCCAAAGGCUGGCAUCUGGGGACAGGGACUGGAUGACAACUGGGAGGGAAGUUUAGGGCAAGUUUUGGCCCUGGAGCUGGGCUUGGGCACCUCCAGCACUGAUUUGUAUCAGCCACACCUUGGGUUUUUGGGGAAAAUAUUCCUGUACCAAGCUGUAGCUCCGCUGAAAAAAAUGCUAAGGGGUACUAACUUCUCCCAGCAAAGCUUCCCUGGAUAAAACUGAAGGGAAAGAAAAGGCAAAAUCCAAGUAAGGUUCAGCCAUGGAAUGGAUGUGAAGGCAUGGGGAAGGGAAGAGCCCCUCAGCUCCUUCCUUGAUCCACAGAGGCACUUAAUGAUGCUGGGGAGAGCUCACAGAGGGAAAGGAUGAAACUCAUGAGGGUAACCCAAGGGCAUGGGAUGCUCCAAAAUAUCUGUGGAGGCUCCUGAGUGCCAAAAAGAAGAAAAGGGGUGCUGGCUCACGUGGCAUUUGUUUAUUUGCAGCAAGUCAAGCCCUGGAACAGGAUGUCCAGGGGGGAUCUGGUGGCUCCAUCCUGGGACAUCACCAAAGCCUGCCUGGACACCCUGGGCUGAGCCUGAGCAUGGCAAUUCCCAUUUUGGGAGGGUGGGCUAUGUGUCCCUGCACCGGUGCCGGCUCCUCCUUGAGGAGCCCAAGAUGUUCCGCUGGGACCUUGGAGCUCGUUCCUGGUCAUCAUUCCAGCUCCUCCACUGCCUCUGCCUUGUGGAGUGGUUGCGGGGCAUUCCCUGGGAAGCUCUCUGGGAGUUCUGGCUUCUCCUGUGGGAUCUUCCCCGGGUUUGGCUCCUUGUCGCGUUCCUGGAGGAACCCCAGUCUUCCCACUGGUGUCUCUCACUCCUUCUCGAGGGGGUGUCACGUUGGGGCCUUGGAGUGUGUCUGUCAUCGGCAUUCCAGCUCCUCCAGCGCCUCUGGUUUGCGGAGCGCUCGUGGGGCACCGUUCCCUGAGAGCCUGCCUGGGAGUUCUGGCCUCUCCUGUGGGAUCUGCCCCGGCUUUGCCUCCUUCUUGUGUGCCACUGUCCGGAGGAAUCAGAGUCUUCCCACUGGUGUGUCUCGCUCCUCUCUGAGGGGACAUCGUGUUGGGGCCCUGGAGUGUGUCUGUCAUCAGCAUUCCAGCUCCUCCAGCGCCUCUGCCUUGCGGAGUGCUCGGGAGAGCCUGUCUGGGUGUCCUGCUCUCUCCCGGAGGGCCUGUCCCAGCCACGGAAACGCUCCCUGCCCCUGCUCCACCUGCGGCGGCCCCGUGACCGUUCCUGCUGGCUCCAUGACCUGCGGGACCUGCGCCGGGAUCGAUGUCCCUGCGAGGAGGCCGGGACGGCACAUUGAAACCUCAGAGUUCGCCCCUCUUCGGGUGUGUCCUCUCUUCUCUGCUGCUGCCACCACCUCCUCCUCGGGGAGUCGCUGCCUCGGGUGUGCCAAGACUGCCGGCGGCCAUCGCGGGGCCACCUCAUGGAUCUCCUUGGCCUCCUCUCCCAGGGCCCGCCGCGCCCGGAGUGUCCGGAGCAGCUGCGCGGCCGCCGCGCCGAGUGGCCGCGCCAUCUCCGCUUCCUGUCGUAGGCCCGCUCCUGCACCUCGUGGUACAGGGCCACGUGCUGGGGGUAGGGGUGGCGCGUGGGCCGCUGGCACCGCGGGCACACGGCCUCGCCCAGGCUCCAGUCCCACAGGCACAGCUGGCAGAAGCAGUGCCGGCACGAGCUGGAGCACGCGGUGCCGAUGUCCCGGCACUCCGGGCACGCGGCGUCCUCCCGGCUGUCGUCCUGCGGCGCGGCCGGGGCAGCCUGGCUGGUGCUGGCAGCAGAGGUGCCCGGCUCUGGAGUGUCCUCCCUCGAUGACAUCUCGCCCUGCAAGAGGCACAAAGUCUGUUUGCAGCCGCCGCUAAAGAGCUACAACACCCAUCAUGCCCAGCAAAGCGCCGCGCACCCUGACGGUCCCCGUCCCGUGGGGCCGCGCGGUGCAUCACGGUGCUUGUAGUCCAACCUUCCCAGGCGGCGCGUGGCGCGGCGGCGUGCGGGGACUACAUUUCCCAGCGACCGCAGCGCCAGGAGCGGAACCGGGAAGCGCGAAGAUGGCGGUGGAUAAGGAGCUGCUGGAGCGGGACCUCUACGGGCUGCUGGGGAUCGGCGAGAAGGCAUCCGAGAAGG